AUGGACGAUCCAUGGGCCGCUCCAUCAUGGUCUACUCCAGCCAAGCCUUCAUCGUCGUCCCCACCGAAAAGGACGGGGAUGACGCCCCCGCCAGAACAGCCGGGAUCGUUCGACGUGUCGGACCCAUGGGGUGCCCCGGCUGCAGUUACGGCCGCGACCGCUUUGUCCAGACCUAGCUUUGCGCAAGGUUCGCCGGAGAGGUCGGAAGCGCCUCCAGAGACCCCGGGAUGGGGACAAGAGUCGGGCUGGGGAGGUGCAAAGGCAUCUGUGCCCAGACCACCGGAAUCUCCCUCCCCUUUACCAAACGCGUCCGCUCUGGGACAGGCAGACGACAUGCCAAGCUGGGGAGGCACAGUCCUCGACAUGCCUACCUCUCCUCCUCCUCGACUGUCUUUCGAGGCAGCCCCAUCACACAGCUCGCCUCAUCACACUCCGCCCAAACCCUUUUCCGCCUUACCGUCCUUUUCCUCCCCUCGAUCUCCUCUGUCAUACCACUCCCCAGCUCGGUCGAUGACGCCCAUCAUCUCCAACAUCAUCGCGGAUGAGGAAGAUCCAGAAGCGGCCUUUGCGGCUGCUUUACCGCGGAACACGUCCGUAUCAGACUUGCCCAAGUUCGAGAUGCCUAAAUCGCCCUCGUUUGGCGAGGGCGACUUUGGCGGGUUCUCUAGCGGUCUGGGGGAUCCUUGGGGCGGAAAGGUGGAGACUGGAUGGGGAGGCGAUGCUCACGCCGAGCUGAGGGCAGAGGAGAGGGUUGAUGGGGAGGAAGAGGAAAGCGGAGAGGGUUGGGGAUACGCUCGUCCUGCUUCCGUCGAGGUGCAGGAACCGAGGGCAAUGGAGCAGGACUGGGAGGCGGCGCAGCGAAAGAUCCAGAUGCAGGAGAGUCUGGUGCCGCACGAUAAGCUGGAAAGACUAAAGACGGGCUGGAAGGAGGUCGCCGAUGCGGUCAUUGGACUGCACAAGCUGCCGAUGCCGAGUGAGGAAGAGAUUGAGAGUAUCAGCACGGCUAUGAGGAAGCUGGAAAGUGACAGAGACGACACCCUCCGAUCCCUCGGGUCCAUCCCAUCGGACAUCAAUACCUACCCACCAAUCUUAUCCUCGAUGACUACCCACACCACAUACCUCACCUCCCUAUCGCGGCCAAACCCCGCACCAUCCACCUCGCUGCUCAUCAACAGCACGAAACGGCCCCGGCGCACCGAGACACAAGACGAACAAGCUCAAAAUACAGCCUGGCUCAGCCGCUCCAGACUAGGUGAGCCAGAGGCGGUAGCCGUCGAGGCUGCGCCAGCAGAGCAGGAGGGCAAGAGUCGGUGGGCGUUCUGGGGCAGAAGACCGCAGCCCGAGAGGCAGUUGACGACAUCCGGCGGUGGGGUGCUGGAGAAGGCAGCGCCAGGAUCUGCAGGGAUGAGUGCAGGUUUGUCAGCUGGACCGAGCUCGGCGGACCUGCGCAAGUCGGCGAGUGAGCAGUCGGCGGGUAUGACUCCUGCUCGGUCGUCAUUUGGGCAAUCGCCAAGCGGGUCGAGGCGGACAUCGCUCUUCGAAGCACCGGUGGACGUGACAGGUCCAAACCCUGUCUCCGUCGUUACCUCCCCACUGUCCUCCACUACAGCCUUUCCGACAGCUACUGCACAUCCCGCACCCCCCGUGGCUGCACCUGCGCUCGCACCGGCGCCAGCUCCUUCGGCGGUCUCACGCUUCUUUGGCCGACUGCGGCGGAACCCCUCCUCCGGCCCUCUACCCGAGUCGGAAGAUAACGCCAAAGACCUGGAACUAGGCGAGGACGACUUUUCAUUCCUCAAUCAGGUCCCCUCCCUCGCUCCCCCUGAUCUGCUGGAUCAGCACGUUCCAAGAACGCACGAGAUGGCCAAUCUGGAGAAUAUGAUUGCGUCCAGACCGACCCCGCUACCUGCCCCCCUGGCUCCUCCGCCGGCAUUCUCGGCGCCUGUAUAUUCACGCCAGAACAGCGGGGGUGGAGCUGGGCGAGGAGUGCAGAAGAAGAGGAAUGACAUGGACUUGUUGUCGGGGCUGUAUGAUGAUGAUGGGGAUUCAGGAGGGCAAGCGGAGGGUGCCAUAGCGGCAGGAGGAAGUAGCAGGGAUCCCAUCGGAUGGGAUGACUUCUUAGGACCCACACCUGCGCCUCCGAAGUCCAGUUCUACUUUCAGGACACCUACACCGCAGCCAAAUCCAGCAUCUUUCCUUUCGCCCUCUCCUGCACCGGCAGCACCCACCCGCCCCACCAUCCCGCAACACACCUCCUCAUCCUCCGACUUUGACGACUUUGGAGACCCUCAAAACGCCACGCCUAGCUUCACCUCUUCGGGCACAUUCGACGAUUUCGGUGACUUCUCAGCAUUCGAAUCGACCCCGCCCGCCCCCAUUCCUACUGCCCCUGCGCCCAGUACCGUGGCUGUCCCAUCCCAGCGCAUCCCGUUCCUCUUCACCCCUGCGCAACCUUCCUCACACCUCUCGCCGGCACCUUUCCCACGUCUAUCAUCCCUCUCCACACCCUCCAUCCAGACGCAUAAACCCCGUCAGAGCCUGGAUCACACGCCUACCCUCAAUCUUGUCAAUGACGCUUCUGCAACGCGGGGGAAGAGGUGGCCUGCUCCGCCCUCGCCGGACGUCCCGAACCUCCCACCUCCACCGCCAUCGGGCCAAGGUGGCAGUAACAUGUCAUUUGGCGCGGGAUUCCCGUUCCUCAGUCCGCCACCGCCUCCGCGGCCAGGCUCUAGGUCGGGCAGAGUGGACAUUCUGGGUGGAGAGGAGACGCUGGACUCGCCUGUCAGCGGAUCCAGCGUGCAGGGACAAGGUGGAGCCCAGGGGCUGAUGAGUCCCGCAAAUGUCACUAGGGCACCGCAGGGCUUUAUGGGUAUGGAUAUGGCGAUGGGUAUGGGGAUGUCGGGGAUGGCAAGUACGCCACCACGGAGCUCCACGCCUUCUGGGCUAGGAUCGGCUCAACCAGGGACUGGUGGGCCUGCUGGAAAUAGCGCGCCUGGAGGGAAAGGCGGACUAUCUGCGCAGGAUCUAUCAUUCUUCGACAACUUGUAG